GUGAGGCUGAUAAUACCUCUGUUGUUUUCCACCAACACACUGGGUCACACUGGAGGUUUUAUGUAACACAAGCCACUUCCUGUCCAAGUGUGUUCAAGGCAAAGCGAAGAUCGUCACAACUUGACCGAGCAACAGGAGCCAUGGAGUAUUUUCCUUCCUUCUCCUUAGAAACAUGGAUUCUACUGAUCACAUUCGUCUGUUUAUUUGUCAUGUAUGGCCAGUGGACAUUUGGAGUGUUUGAGAAGAUGGGGAUCCCAGGUCCCAAGCCGUUUUUGUACUGGGGGACACUUGCUAGGCACGACAUCGUUUACUACGUAGAUGACACACAGUGUGCUCAAAAGUAUGGGAGACUCUGGGGCAUGUACGAGUUCAGGAGACCCUUGCUGGCUGUGAUGGAUCCUGACAUGUUGAAAACCAUCCUGGUGAAGGAGUGCUUCACGUAUUUUACCAACCGCAGGAACUUGGGUCUGAACGGGGAUCUCUACGACACUGUGUCCAUCGCUGAGGAUGAUCUGUGGAGACGGAUCCGUAACAUCCUCAGUCCCACAUUCACGUCUGGCCGUCUGAAAGAGAUGUUCACAAUCAUGAAACAUCAGUCCUGCAAACUGAAGGAAAGCCUGCAGGCGCACAGCAAUGAAGUCAUCAGUGUGAGAGACUUCUUCGGACCUUACAGUCUGAGUGUGAUGGUGAGCUGCCUCUUCAGUGUGGAUAUGGAUUUAAUGAACAACCCUUCAAGUCCCUUCAUCACUCAUGCGUCAAAGAUGUUCAAUUUCUCCACGCCUCUCGUGAUGUUCCAGGGAUUCUUCCCGUUCUCUCUUCCUCUGUUGGACCUGAUGGGUUUCUCCCUGUUCUCCAAGUCCUCUGUUGCCUUCUUCAAAACGAUUUUGGACGAGAUCAAAGCAGAACGCAAAGGCAGCUCAUCCCAGAAAAUGGGUGACGUGCUUCAGUAUAUGCUCGACUCCCAGAGCACCAAGGACCCCAAGAGAGAAAAGCAGGGUCUGACCGAUCACGAGAUCCAGUCCCAAGCGUCCAUGUUUGUGUUCGCCGGCUACGAGACGAGCGCCUUGACCCUCCUUUUCUUAGCCUACAAUUUGGCGAGAAAUCCUGACGUCAUGGAACGCCUGCAAAUGGAGAUAGACGCCACGUUCCCAGACAAGGCUCCAGUGGACUACGAGGCUCUGAUGCAGAUGGAGUACCUCGACUGCGUGGUUCACGAGAGUCUGAGGCUCUACCCUCCAGCUGCACGCUUGGAACGAAUAGCUAAAGAAACGGUCAAGAUCAACGGAAUCCAAGUCCCAAAAGGCAUGACUGUCAUGGUCCCAGUCUACGCUCUGCACCGUGACCCCGAGCUGUGGCCAGAACCCGAGGAGUUCAGACCUGAGAGAUUCAGUAAAGAGAACAAGCCCAAGAUCAACCCGUACACUUACCUGCCGUUUGGGAUCGGGCCGAGGAACUGCUUGGGGAUGCGAUUCGCUCUGGUGAUGGUUAAACUGGCCAUGGUGGAAGUUCUGCAGAACUACAGCUUCUCAGUCUGCGAGGAGACAGAGAUCCCUUUGCAGAUGAACCCUAAAACCUUCAUUGCACCGCUUCGACCCAUCAAACUAAAGCUGGUGCCUCGUUCGGACAGCCCAGCGAACUAGGAAGCGCAGAGAGAUGUGUCCUUUGGGGAUAACGAUGCUUUGCUUUGAAUUUAUUCCGUUAGCAGCUGAAAAUGCCACGUCACAGCAAGCGAAGUCUGCACAGCAAAAAAAAAAAACAGCUAUAAGAAACAGGAUGUGCAACAUACCACUGUAGAAGUCUUUAUAUAAAUGGAAUUGAUAUCCUGUAUCUAUCUAAAUGCACUAAUAGACACAUUCAGAGAUAAUUUUUAUAACGCUGAGGAAAUUACACCACGUGGCAAUUUUUUCUGGAACGCUAUUUUUACAGAUAUUAAUUGGCACUGGAAAUGGCUCAUUCCCUUUAAAUUGUGUGUCACAAAGAAUUACAUUUCAAAAUAUUACAUAACAUAUGCCCAUCUAACACGUAGGCAAAUGCACCUUUUGUAAAAAUUAACCUGAAAGUGUCACUCAUUUGUUUUAUGGUUGCUUAUAUAGCGAUACAUUUUUAGAGAGAACUUGAAAACUACAUACUGUGCAAAACAAGAUAUUAAAUUAACAUUGAAGGGAAGACCAUUAUUACUUAUUUACUCAUUGCUUAGUGCUUUUUUCAAAUUCAAAGAAAGAAAAUUAUGUACCAUUGUAAAUUUCACAUCCAUAAAUGUAAAAUCAUCUCCACAGUUUAAGUUGUUUGAAGUGGAUUCAGGCUUAAUCUUCAAUUAAUCACAAAUAUAAAAUGUGUAGCUUUGAUGGAUAUCUGUUCUGAGGUUUACAAACAAUAAGUGUCACAGAAAUGAUGCAGUCUUGUUCUUUUCUCCUUGGUCUCUUAUUUGGCGCCGCUGUUAAUAAACCAAUGUUAUUACCACAAUGAA